GCGGGCUGGGAGGGGCUGCACCCGGUGGGGAGGCGCAUCUGGACGUGGGGGAGCAUCUGGGGUGAUGAAGCCCAUCUGAAGACCAGGGGCCAUGUCUAGGACCAGGAUGCACAUCUGGGGAGUAGGAUAGCUGCGAAUGGGAGGAGCGAACCACAGCUGGACUUGGGGGAGCGUCUGGGCAGGAGGGACCACAGACAAAUAUCGGUGACACUUGUGAGAAUUGGCCACAAGUGACUGGGGCACACACCUGUGGGCGCAAAGUACGUACUGGAUGUGGAGAGGACAUCUGGAUAUGGGAGCAUCUCGGAGGCAGGGGCUACAGCUGGAUGUGGCGACCCAUGGGGUCACCUCUGGGAGAGGGGCAGCGGCUGCAUAUCGGAGAUACAUCCCGGGAGGAGGGAGCCACAGGUGCGUGAAGAAUAUGACCGGGGUUGCGGGGUCCGUGACUGGACGUCGGAGCACAUCUGGAGAUGGAACAUCUUUAGAAGAGGGCACAGGCGCCCCAGGAUGGAGUCCCCACCCAGCACGGCAGGCCAGGAGGAGCAGGAGCUGCGGGAGCGGGCCUUCUUCUCGUGGGCCGAGUUCAGCCGCUUCUUCGACGCGUGGUGCCAGCAGCGGCUGGCGCUCUUCUUCGUCAAGAGCUCCAUGCACCUGGCGCGCUGCCGCUGGGCCAGCGCGCCCCCGCUCUACACGCUCAUCGACGUGCUCAAGUACAGCUACGUGCGGCUCGUGUGCAAGGACGUGCGCGCGCCCAGCCGGCCCACCGUGGGGCCCCCCCAGCCCGGCUGCCCGGCCUUCAUCAUCGUGAAGCUGAGCCCGCUGCGGGACCGCCUCGUGGUGACAGAGUGCCAGCUGACCCACUCGCACCCGGCCUGCCCGCUCGAGUUCGCCUACUACUUCCGCCCGGGCCACCUGCUGGCCAACGCCUGCCUGCCCGUGCGCACCACCAACAAGAUCUCCAAGCAGUUCGUGGCCCCCGCCGACGUGCACCGCCUGCUCUCUUACUGCAAGGGCCGCGACCACGGCGUCCUGGACGCCCUGCACGUGCUCGAGGGGCUCUUCCGCACCGACCCCGAGGCCAAGGUGAAGCUGGUGUUCGUGGAGGACCAGGCGGUGGUGGAGACCGUGUUCUUCCUGACGUCGCGCACCCGGGCGCUGCUGCGGCGCUUCCCGCGCAUCCUCCUGGUGGACCGGCUGCCCGGGCUGCAGGGCGCGCUGGACCUGCUGGCGGUGCUGUGCGUGGACGGCGCGGGGCGCGCGCGCCAGGCCGCCUGCUGCGUGGCGCGCCCGGGCACGCCGAGCCUGCUGCGCUUCGCGCUGGCCUCGCUGCUGCAGAGCGCGCCCGACGUCAAGGGCCGCGUGCGCUGCCUGACGGCCGGGCCCGAGGUGGCGGCGCAGCUGCCGGCCGUGCGCCAGCUGCUGCCGGGCGCGCGCGUGCAGAUCUGCCGCGCGCAGGGCCUGGAGACGCUCUUCAGCAAGGCCCAGGAGCUGGGCGGCGCCGGCCGCGAGGACCCGGGCCUGUGGCCGCGCCUGUGCCGCCUGGCCGGCGCCUCGUCGCCCGCCGCCUACGCCGAGGCGCUGGCCGAGCUGCGCGCCCACGGCCCGGCCGCCUUCGUCGACUACUUCGAGCGCAACUGGGCCCCGCGCCGCGACAUGUGGGUGCGCUUCCGAGCCUUCGAGGCGGCCCGGGACCUGGACGCGUGCGCCCUGGUGCGCGGCCACCGCCGGCGCCUGCUGCGCCGCCUGAGCCCCUCGCGCAGCGUGGCGCAGUGCCUCCGCGACCUGGUGGCCAUGCAGUGGGCCGAUGCGGCCGGGGAGGCGGCGCCCGAGGGCCCCGACGGCGGGGGGCCUUGGCCAGAGGGCGAGCCGGGGAGGGGAGCCCACGUGGAGAAGGAAAGGAUGAGGGGCCUGGAGAGCGGGGACUGGGCAGGGACCCCGAGAGAAGGAAGUAUUUGGCGAGGCGCCCAGUUGGAGAAGGAGCGGGCCCGAGGAGUGGAGGCCAGAGACCGGGGAGGGGCUCAGUUAGAAAGUGACUCGGGGAGAGGGUUGCAGGUCCAAGACUGGAGAGGGUCCCAGUCGGAGAACGAGCACUGGAGAGGGCCAGAGAUCAGAGACUGGAGGGGGACCCCGCUGGAGGCCGAGAAAGAUUGGGGACCAGAAGGUUACGUAGGGAGAGGGGCCUGGUUGGAGGACGGUGGGCCGAGAGCAUUGGAAGGGUAUACCUGGAGGAUGGCCCAGCUGGAGGGUGACAGCAUUAGGGUGCUGGAGACCACAGAGCGGAGGGGGGCCCCGUUUGAUCCCGAGAGGGCCAAGAGUCUUGAAGGGAGCACCUGGCGGGGGGCCCAGCUGCACGAUGAGAGGGCACACGGACUGAAAACCAGAGACUGGAAGGGGCCUCAGCUGGAAGCUGAGAAGGGAAGGGGGCUGGAGGUCAGGACCUGGAGGGGGCACCAUGUGGAGAAGCCCAGAGAGUUGGUCCCUGAGAAUGGAGACCAAAGGGGGCCCCCGUGGGGAGAUGAGAGGCAGAGAGGGCCAGAGGUUGGAGAAGAGAGGGAAGUGAGGUUGGGGGUCAAAAGAAGAAAGGAUCUGGAAGACGUAGUUCUGGUCCAUCUGGGGGACACGAGGGUGACGGGCCUGGAGAACGGAGAGGGAGCCCGGUCUGUGGGCCCCAAGGGCCGAGGAGAACAAGGGAUGGGGUGUGGGGGUGCAGGAGGGAGGUGUCUAGGGCUGGGGAACGGAGUCCCGUGUGGGCCCGCCGUGGGAACUGUGUGUGAAGGCGAUCCAGAAUGGGCAGGGACGCGGAGAGUGUGCCUGGCCGCUGGGGAGAGCCCGCAGGAAGGGGGUCAAGAAGAAGGUCCACGGGAACCAAAGAGGCCUUGCUGCCCCUCCGCAGAGGAGGAGGUGGACUGGGAGCCCCUGGCCAAGUUCCGAGCGGCCUGCGGGCCAGAGCUGGCGGAACUGGUGGCCGAAGAGCUGGCCUUCGCCAGGCAGCACGGGACCCGGGGCUUCCACUGGACUGGAGCUGGCUUUGCCCUUAAGGACGGAACCUCGGACUUCUUCCUGGACAGGGCCCUGACCCGCUGCAGCUGCUCUAUCCACGCCGCCCGCCGUCUGCCCUGCCGCCACCUCUUUGCGGCGCGCCUCCUCACGGGGGCAGCCUUAUUCCACAUGGACCUGCUCAGGGACUGCUGGGGGAGAGCCCCAGAGCCCUGACCCAUCGGGCCCCCGCCUGCCACCCUCCGCUGUGAGGGCAGGAGGGCGCUCUUCGAUCCCAAAGAUAACAGGGCUGAGGCCAAGGAGGCCACCUCAGUCCCUCUGGCCACUUCCUGUGUCAUCCAGGGACCUCACCUUGGCCGUUUGCCUCUCUGGGCCCUAGGGGAAGCUGACAGUGGUCUCUGAGGUCCUGGAGGCACAGUGUGGAAGAGGGUGGAGGCUAGGACGGCUCCUGAGGGCCUCCCUCAGGAGAGGAGAUGUGUGAUGAGACAGGGGAUAGAAGGGGGGGGCAGACGGGGGGCAGAAGGAAGGAGGGGACAAAGCUGGGGGAGGGGAGGACACCAGGAUACGGGGAGAGCCCAGGCAGGAGCAGAUGGUCCGUCCAGAGAGUGCAGGGGUGAAGGAGAAAGCAAAGGGGAGUGUCAGACAAACGGAAGGGGGGAGGAAAGAGGAGAGAAGCUCGCAGGGAGACCCGCGGAGAGAGGACAACAGAGGCAGAAAUGGGGGAAAGCAGAGGGAGGCAGGAGAGAAGGAGGCCAGGGUGGAGGACAGAGGGG